AUGGGCUUUGACAUUGGAUUAUCCACCAAAUGUGUAGUGAUACCUAAGGAGAUGGAUAUGUGCCACAAGAUUGGGUACUCUGAAAUGAGGCUUCCCAACCUGAUGGGACACACGAGCAUGGCAGAGGUUAUUCUGAAGUCCACCACCUGGCAGCACCUGGUGCACACUAACUGUCAUCCUCACGUGAGGACGUUCCUGUGCUCUCUGUUUGCACCCAUCUGUUUAGAUACGUUUAUCCAUCCUUGCAGGAGUAUGUGCAUUGCUGUUCGUGACAGCUGUGCACCCGUGCUGGCCUGCCAUGGGCACUCUUGGCCUGACAGUCUGGACUGCGAUCGAUUCCCUGCAGAUGAGGACAUGUGUCUGGCAUCUCUUGCAAAGGAAUACAAAUACCUGCACAAAGUGCUACCAAAGCCUGCAUGCCAGACGUGUCCAGCAGUGGAAGAAUUCUUUACUCACAAAAGAGUACUUGAAGUUUUCUGUGACAAUAACUUUGCAGUGAAAGUAAAGCUGUCCAAAAAGAGAACAGUACUUGGUGACCAAGAGUACAACAUUGAAUGUCAAGUGGAAUUCAUUAUCCAGGGCUCAAUUCUGCCUUACGAAGCACAGAAUAUGAUACAACAGUGGCUGCUUAUCAAUGAAAACUGCACAGAGAGGAUGACUCAGACCCAUCGUUCUAUGGUGUAUCUUCUUGUGGGGAAUAUUCAAGAGGGUGUUAUUUUAGUCAAUCAGGUUUAUCGUUGGCAGAGGAGGGACUCCCAGCUGACUUUGGCCACUCAGAAGUGGAGAUACCAUAAAUGCUUGUAA